GCAAAGUUCAUCAGAGUUACAUAACAAAAGUUCAUUUAAGGGGACUGGCCUGCCUGUGGGAGGAGAGAUCUACCCUGCAGCUUAAGAGAGGAAGUACAAACGUCUCUCUGUCCUCACUCUCCGCAUAAUUAAGGAAUUCAUCAUGGCUGAAGAAGGAAAACAAACUUGCUAUGAGGGAAGUUCUGUUCAGAGCUUCCAAUUCUACCUCGAACACUCGGGCGAGCACAAGGCUAUUCUGAAGUGUGCCCAUGACGUCUUGCCUGGGGAGUGGCAAAGAAUUGCAGCGGGAAAAAGCAGCCUGGAUGUUCUUGGUGUCGGAAGUGGUGGAGGGGAGGUGGAUACCCAGAUGCUCACUCUUCUUCAGUCUACCUUCCCUGCUUUCCCGAUCACUGCUGACAUUGUGGAGGGCAGUGUUGCACUCACAGACAACUUCAAAGCUUUGGUAGCAAAGACCCCUGACCUUCAGAAGAUUAAGUAUGGUUGGCACAUCAUGGGCAGUGAGGACUAUGAAAAGCAAGUCAAAGCAAAAGGAGACAUGAAGAAAUUUGAUUUCAUACACAUGAUUCAGAUGAUCUACUAUGUGGAUAACCUUUCCAAUACAAUCAAGUUCUACCACAGCCUUCUAAAGAGCAAUGGCAGGCUUAUGAUCAUUGUUGAAGCAGCUGAUGGUGGCUGGGACAAACUGUGGAAGACUUACAAGAAAGACCUCUGCGUGCAUGCCAUCACAGAAUACCGCUCAUCUGGAGAGGUUAUUGCCUGCCUGAAGAACCAGGGCCUCAAAUAUGAAGAGCAUGUCAUUCCCAACACCUUUGACAUCACUGAGUGCUUUGAUCCAAGCAGCCAAACCGGAACACGCCUGCUGAAUUUCAUGACAGCACGAGAUCAGUUCUACACGUCCUUCACCCCAGAGAUCAGAGCCGGCAUAUUAGACCUGCUCAGAAACAAGUGCAGCAUUGAAAAAGAUGGCAGGGUAUUCUUCAACAGCAACUUGAGCUGCAUACUCAUUCAUGCUUGAGUUUGAAAGAUGCUCAAUGAUUUGGAUUUUACUUCUUGCAUUUUUUUUACCGAACCAUUUUAUCACAAGAAGUGUACAAUGUCAUGUUUGUUUGUUUUUUGAGAACAGUACUUUUCACACAUAACUUUUACUGAUUUUUUCCUAAAAGUCCUAUCUUUUGUAACAUCAAAAUGAUUAAUAAAAUCAAUUUUAACAACU